UAUCCCAAGAAGUAAUUACAGAUAUUUUGCAUACAUUUUCCUCCUUAUCCAUGGUCGAAAAUUGUCACAAACCACACAAAUAAAAUAGAGACUGCUCUCUCUCAAAAACGCAGUUGCUUCCCCACUUUUUCUUUUUUCUUCUACUGCCAAAAACUGAGCUCUCUCUCCACUUUCUUUGUUGGUGGAAACCCUAGUUCUUCAGAUCAAAAAUCAAAGGAGAAGGCGAUCGUGCUUGAUUAGAGGCAAUGGAUUCCGGCAAUAGCGGGAGCCUCCAAUCAUCCAGCGGCGGCGGCGGCGACGAGGAGUACGACUCACGCGCCGCCGACUACACGUUCAUGGCCAUACCCAACGCGCCGCCGCAGUUCAUCGACCCGCUCUCCGCCUAUCUCCAGCUCAACCAAAACCCGAACUCGCUGCUUCUGAAUUCCCCAAAUCCGCUAAGAUCCGACCCGAAUCCGAGCCACGUCACCGAAUUCCCCGCCCCGGCUCACCAUCAGCAGCAACAGGCGCCGGCGGGAAAUCCGAAGAAGCGAUCUCGAGCGUCGAGGCGGGCGCCGACCACCGUGCUCACCACGGACACCGCCAAUUUCAGAGCUAUGGUGCAGGAAUUCACCGGAAUCCCCGCGCCGCCCUUCAGCACCUCCUCUUCCUUCCCCAGGAGCCGAAUCGAUCUAUUUGCCUCGAGAUCCACCGCCUCCUUCAACUCUCCCCCGCCGCCGCCCUAUCUCCGCCGCCACCUCCCAAAUCUCUUCAACAUCCCAAGCCAAAACCAAAAUCAAAGUAUCCUCACAUCGCUCCUCCAAUCAAACGCCAAAUUUCCGUUUCCCGCCGCCUCCAAACCCCAAAAUUCACCCCAAAACGAUUAUCAAUUCGGAUUUGGCCAUCGCAAUCAGGUCUCGGAAACCCUCCCCAACCUCGUCCCCUCCGAUCACAGCCACAGCAACAACGACUUCCAGAGAAACGAUUUUGGCGGGAAAAUCAAGUAGCCGGAGAGCAACAUGAGAGGAGGAGAAGGUAUUGUGGAAUCGUGGAUUUGGUCGUCGGAGUAGGCAUGAUUAUUAUUGUGGUAGUAGAAAAUGUGGUGGUGGAGCAAUGAUGGUUAUUAUCAUGUCAUGAUUGAAGUAUUGAAAGCGAAAAAAAAAGGAGAGGGUAAAAGAUAUUGUUAGUGUGAUCUUUCAUGAUCAUUUUUCACAAAGGUUUUUCAACAAAAAGGAAGAAAUAUAUAUAAAGGCUUAAAUUAUGUGUGAAUAAUAGUCUUCUUUUUGGAUCACUUUCCCAUACAUUCGUCACAUGAAAGGAAUUAUACAUAUCCAUAAACUGGGUAUUAUUCAUUUCAUAUUUUCAUAUUAAUAUAUCCGUAUAAAAUAUACUAGUACUAUAAAGUGAAUGUUUUUCUGUUCUUCAGAAAUCUAUGGUUUGUUGCAUACUAUUAAUGAGGGAUGUAACUUUAUUAUUUCUAUAUUAUAAAAAGGUAAAAGGUUAAAUUUA